AUGAGGCUGAACAGGUCUCCAGAGGAGAGCACUGAGGGAGAUGCCAGGAGAACAGAGUGGAAGCCCACGGUGAGAGAUGCUUUCAAAGACAUCUCCGUAUACUUCUCCAAGGAAGAAUGGGAAGAGAUGGGAGAAUGGGAAAAAAUCCGAUAUAGGAAUGUGAAAAGAAACUACGAAGCGCUGAUUGCUAUAGGUUUCAAAGCCACUCGACCGGAUUUCAUGCAUCACCGCAGGCAGGUCAUCAAACCGCAGGUAGAUGACACUGAGGAUUCUGAUGAAGAAUGGACACCAAGGCAGCAAGGUAAACCUUCUUCGAUGCCCUUCAGAGUGGAGCACAGUAAACACCAGAAGAGAAUGGCCAGGGCACCAUUAAGUAAGGAAUCUAGUUUGAAGGAAUUGCCUGGAGUAGCAAAAUUGCUGAAAACAAGUGGCUCCAAGCAGGCUCAGAAACCAGUGCCCCAUCACAGAAAAGCAAGGACCCCUGGACAGCACCCCAGACAAAAAGUCGAACUCAGAAGAAAAGAGACUGGAGUGAAGAGGUACAGUUUACGAGAAAGAAAGGGCCACAUAUACCAAGAGGUCAGCGAGCCCCAGGAUGACGACUACUUCUAUUGUGAGGAGUGUCAGAACUUCUUCAUCGACAGCUGUGCUGCCCAUGGGCCCCCAACCUUUGUAAAGGACUGUGCAGUGGGAAAGGGGCAUGCCAAUCGCUCAGCCCUCACGCUGCCCCCUGGGUUAAGCAUCAGACUGUCGGGCAUCCCUGACGCUGGGCUUGGAGUGUGGAACGAGGCGUCCGAUCUGCCGCUGGGCCUGCACUUUGGCCCCUACGAGGGCCAGAUCACAGAUGAUGAAGAGGCCGCCAACAGUGGAUAUGCCUGGCAGAUCACCAAAGGGAGGAACUUCUACGAGUAUGUGGAUGGAAAGGACACGUCUUGGGCCAACUGGAUGAGGUAUGUGAACUGUGCCCGGGACGACGAGGAGCAGAACCUGGUGGCCUUCCAGUAUCACGGGCAGAUCUUCUACCGAACCUGCCAGGUGGUCAGGCCGGGCUGUGAGCUGCUGGUCUGGUACGGGGACGAGUAUGGUCAGGACCUUGGCAUCAAGCGGAACAGCUGGGGGAAGAGUGAGCUCGCGGCUGGGAGAGAACCGAAGCCCAAGAUCCACCCAUGUGCCUCCUGCUCUCUGGCCUUCUCCAGUCAGAAAUUCCUCAGCCAACACACCCAACGCAGUCACCCCUCUCAGACCCUCCUGAGACCAUCCGAAAGAGGCCUCCUCCAACCAGAGGAUCGCUGCCCAGGCAAUCAAAAUCAGCAAUAUUCAGAUCAACACAGCCCGAGCGACAAACCUGAGGGUCAGGAGGCCAAGGACAGGCGCCAACAUUUGCUGCAAAGCAUAAGGCUGAAGAAGAUUUCAAGGGCCUCUUCCUACUCAUGCAGAGGACAAAUGGGGGGUUCGGGGGUGCAUGAGAGAAUGAAAGACGAGCCCAGCACAAGACAGAAAAUGAAUCCAGAGGACACAGGCACAUUGCUCACGGGGGCAGGGGUCUCAGGGAAUAUGAGGGUCACGUACGGAGAGUGUGGGCAAGGCUCCAAGGACAGGUGCGGGGAGUGUGGGCGAAGCUUCAGUCGGAAGUCAGUCCUCAUCAGACACCAGAGGACACACACAGGGGAGAAGCCCUAUGUUUGUGGGGAGUGUGGGCGAAGCUUCAGUCGGAAGUCAGCCCUCAUCACCCACCAGAGGACACACACAGGGGAGAAGCCCUAUGUUUGCGGGGAGUGUGGGCGAAGCUUCAGUCGGAAGUCCGUCCUCAUUACCCACCAGAGGACACACACAGGGGAGAAGCCCUAUGUUUGCGGGGAGUGUGGGCGAAGCUUCAGUCAGAAGCCCCAUCUCAUCUCACACAAGAGGACACACACAGGGGAGAAGCCCUAUGUUUGCGGGGAGUGUGGGCAAAGCUUCCAUCGGAAGUCCCAUCUCAUCUCACACCAGAGGACACACACAGGGGAGAAGCCCUAUGUUUGCGGGGAGUGUGGGCGAAGCUUCAGUCAGAAGUCCGUCCUCAUCACCCACCAGAGGACACACACAGGGGAGAAGCCCUAUGUUUGUGGGGAGUGUGGGCGAAGUUUCAGUCACAAGUCCGAGGGGCUCAGGAGGCUGAAGUCCGCCCGGCCACCAGAAGACACCAAGGGGAGAGUGGGCCACGGGGCGGGGGGCAGAGGAUGCGAAGUCCAGGACUCGGGCAACGGCCCUCAGUUCCCUCCAUGUGCCAGGCUUGUGAAGCGUCUCUACAUGAACGACGACAGCGGCCAGGCCGCACCUGACACCGUGACUGCCCUACACGGUCAUACAGGACACCAGCAGUCACGGGACAGACAGCCAGCUGCCUCCGCCGCACGCUCCACCCUGACCAAGGCGGCCCCGUGGCUGUACCAGCCCCGCCUGCGCGCGGCUCUGCUAGGCUGCCGGGGCUCGGGGACCCUGGGUGAGUCGAGGAAGGUGUUUGGCAACAUCAGCCACAAAGACACUAAAGAGAAGAAAGCCCAUAGCAGGCGGGGCUGGGUGUUCCUGGGGGAGCAGAGGGGCCUUGGACACUGCAUGCUGGACCCCUGCCCCACCGGCUUCUCCUUCUUCUCGCUGGGCAUGCAGCUUUCACCUGCUGGGUGCCCGCCAGUGAGGGGCCCCCAAGGCACCAAGCUGGGAUUGGCGAUGGGGGAGCUGGAUGCCAGGGAACUCGAGACCCUGCAGCAGGUGGAGGGCUGCUUCCCCUGGUGCCCACCUGGGUCUCAGGAGGUGGAAGAGAGACCGGGUUGUCCUUCCCACCUCCUGUCCAGAGAAUGA